CAAAACUUCAAUCUCUCCACCAGAGUGCUGUGAACAAGGCCUUACAGAGUCCAAAUGGACACCUGGACUUGUUCCUCCGCUUCCUUCUGGGUCUUUCACUGCAGGCCAGUCAGAUUCUCCUGCGAGGCUUCUUCACACAGACAGGAAGUAGCUCACAGACCAAUCAGGAAACAGUCCAGUACAUUAAAAAAAAGCUCAGUGAGGAUAUGUCUGCAGAGAGAAGCAUCAAUCUGUUCCACUGUCUGAAUGAACUGAAUGAUUGUUCUCUAGUGGAGGAGAUCCAACAGUCUCUGAGAUCAAGAAGUCUGUCUACAGAUAAACUUUCUCCUGCUCAGUGGUCAGCUCUGGUCUUCAUCUUACUGUCAUCAGAAAAAGAUCUGGAUGUAUUUGACCUGAAGAAAUACUCUGCUUCAGAGGAGGCUCUUCUGAGACUGCUGCCAGUGAUCAAAGCCUCCAAAAAAGCUCUACUUAAUGGCUGUUUCCUCUCAAAGAGAAGUUAUGAAGCUCUGUCCUCAGUUCUCAGGUGUCAGUCCUCUAGGCUGAGAGAGCUUGACCUGAGUAACAACAACCUUCAGGAUUCCGGUGUGAAACUUCUGUUUGCUGCAUUACAAAGUCCACAUUGUAAACUGGAAAGUCUGAGUUUGAGUAGCUGUUUCCUCUCAGAAAAAAGCUGUGAAGCACUGUCCUCAGUCCUCACCUGCCAAACCUCGAAUCUGAGGGAGCUGGACCUGAGUAACAACGACCUACAAAAUUCAGGAGUGAGGCUUCUGUCUGCUGCACUACAGAGUCCACAUUGUGCACUGGAAACACUAAGAUUGAGUGUCUGUAACCUUUCAGAGAGAAAUUGUGAAGCUUUGUCCUUAGUUCUGAGCUCUCAGUCCUCUAGUCUGAAAGAGUUGGACCUGAGUGACAACAACCUAGAAGAUUCAGGAGUGAAGCUUCUGUGUGCUGGAGUUGAGAGUCCACACUGUACACUGGAAAGUCUCAGUCUGUCAUGCUGUCUGAUCACAGAGGAAGGCUGUACAUCUCUGGCUUCAGUUCUGAGCUCUAAUCCCUCCCAUUUGAGAGAGCUGGACCUGAGCUACAAUCAUCCAGGAGCCUCAGGAAUGAAGCUGCUGUUGGCUGGACUAAAGGAUCCCCGCUGGAAACUGGACACACUAAGGGUGGAGCCUGCUGGAGUCCGAUGGUUGAGACCAGGUCUGAGGAAGUAUUCCUGUCAACUCACAAUCGACACAAACACAGUGAACACAAACCUCCAACUGUCUGACAACAACAGGAAGGUGAAACGUGUGGAGGAGGUUCAAUCAUAUCCUGAUCAUCCAGACAGAUUUGAUUACUGGACUCAACUACUGUGUAGAAAUGAUAUGACUGGUCACUGUUACUGGGAGGUCGAGUGGAGUGGAGACGUUGAGAUAUCAGUGAGUUACAGAAGCAUCAGAAGAAAAGGAGGAGGUGAUGGCUGUCUGUUUGGAUUUAAUGAUCAGUCCUGGAGUCUAUAUUGCACUGAUGAUGGUCCUCAAUUUGUCAGACACAAUAACACAGGAACAUCCAUCUCCUCCUCCUCCUCCUCCUCUGUCUCUAACAGAGUAGCAGUGUAUGUGGACUGUCCUGCUGGCACUCUGUCCUUCUACAGAGUCUCCUCUGACACUCUGAUCCACCUCCACACCUUCAACACCACAUUCACUGAAACUCUUUAUCCUGGAUUUAGGUUCUUGUUUCCAGGUUCCUCAGUGUGUCUGUGCUAAGUUGAGUGUAAAGAGUGUCCUCCUGUUAGAGAAACAUGUCAUCACUAAUGACAUCAUUAAUGACAUUAAUACAUUUGACAUAUGUUUCACGUAUUAUAGACCAACAAGGUAUUUUUAGCAAUUUAAAUACAAGUAAUCAGUUUUGGGCAAAAACCAGAAAUCGGUUUUUGGCAGACGAUCAUUUUUUGGCACAACACCGGUCAUUAUUACACAUGUAAUUUAUUAUAUAAAAUAUAUAAACUAAAUGCCAUUGAAACUUAUAGAAUCUAAUCUUUUGUUUUCUUUUUGUACAUAGCACUUUAUCAAACUGUUGUCUGCUACAGAGUUACAAGUAUUAUACUAGUAGUAAUAUAGCAUCCACCAUGUCCUGCUUGCAUAUUUCUGAAAACAUCUCAGUGGUGUGGCAGCCAUGGAGUGAGCCAGCCCUGCAAACCUUGUGGAUGGACGAUGCAGUGGACAGUGGGAGGAAGCAUGCUAAAGUUCUUUGCAGACAACCCUGUGAGAUUCUACAAUCACCGACCAGAAAAGGCAAACCGCAGGUCUCAGUUGCAGCACCCCAUCUAUUUCUGAUCUUGCUCCAGCAGAUUCAGCAACACUGCCAGAGACUUCCUGUAAUCUAUUACAGUUGUUACAGAAAUGAUCCAGGAACAGGUCACUCAGGUUAAUCCUGUGUAAACAAUGGUAAAUAUUGUUUUUUCAUCUUUGCAUACUGUGUAUUUGAAAUAUUCUGGUUUAAUUGUUGUUAUUUAUUUUAUUGCUAUCAAAUAAAUAUCCAUGUAAUAUUGUU